UCAAUUGUUGUUUUUUUGUUCUUGUUGUUCUUGUUGCUUUAGCGAAUCGCAACAGAACUCCGGUACAAUUGUUUUCGGUGCAUUGUGUCAAAUAGAAUUAAUAAAAAGGCACGAAAAAUAAGGCCAAACUAAACAAAAAAGCCAUUGCAACAAUCGCCCCUUCAACAGCAGCUCGGUGACGCGUCACAACAAAGGGAACCGCCAAGCAAAAGACAAAAAAAAACGAAAAAGUACACAAAACAGUGCAGCGUUUACAUUGAAACAGUAGCUGAAGAAUUAUUGUUAUUGCAACAUCACAUCCGCCGCCCAUUGCCAACACAACUGGGGUGCCUUAGUACAAAGCGCGCGCGUUGGCAUCACCGCCGCCAUCGCUGCCACAAACCAACUCUAAUUAACUGAAAAUCGCCAACUGUAAUAUUCGAGGCCGUCUAUUUGAUUUUGACUUGGCUCGCUUUGUUUUUGUAUUCCUGUAUUUUUUUUUUUUUUUUUUUCCUGGUUCCCUUACGCCGUCGCGCAAUUCCAUUGUUGUCUGCGUCAUACGCCGCUGUCGCCGCAGACAUUGAGUCGCCAUUAAAUUUUGUUGGUUUGUUGGUUGCACCGCUUGCCGUUCUUCGUUCCUAUUUGUGUCGCAGAGCCAAAGUGCAUUUCGCCGUUCGCUGCCAUGUUGGUACCGCCGGAUAUGCUGGCUGCGCAGACGCGCAUGAUUUAUCAGAUGAAUCGCUUUUGUGCGGAACGCGUACAGGCGCGCAUGUUCAAAACGGCCACCGCCAUACGGGAAGUGUGCAAAAUCGUGCAGGAUAUACUGAAAGAAGUGGAACUGCAAGAGCCGCGCUUCAUCUCCAGUCUGGUCGAAUGCAAUGGCAGAUUUGAAGGCGUGCAGGUUAUUUCGCCCAACGAAUUCGAGAUUGUUUUGUAUCUCAAUCAAAUGGGCGUUUUCAACUUCGUUGAUGAUGGCACCAUGCCCGGAUGCGCAGUGCUGAAGCUGAGUGACGGUCGUAAACGUUCCAUGUCCCUAUGGGUGGAGUUCAUCACAGCAUCGGGUUAUUUGUCGUCGCGCAAGAUACGCUCUCGCUUCCAGACAUUGGUGGCGCAGGCGUGUGACAAGAGUAUUUAUCGUGAUAUGGUGAAAAUGAUCGGCGAUACGACGGAGGUAAAGAUGCGCGUGCGUGAACGUUUCAUGGUACAAAUAACGCCAGCUUUUAAAUGUUCCGGCAUAUGGCCACGCUCGGCAGCCCAUUGGCCACUGCCGCACAUCCCUUGGCCACAUCCGAAUAUAGUGGCCGAAGUGAAAACGGAAGGUUUCGAUCUGCUAUCCAAAGAGUCCAUUGUCAUGCAGAAUAAGAACAACAAUGCCGCCAUGGAAGGCGAUGCGUGGGUGUUGAGCUUUUUCGAAGCGGAAAAUCGACUUUUGCAAGGUGGCUGCCGUCGGCGCUGUUUAAGUAUUCUCAAAACGUUGCGUGAUCGUCACCUCGAUCUGCCCGGCAAUCCGAUCACCGCUUACCACCUGAAGAAUCUGCUGCUCUACGAAUGUGAAAAGCAUCCGCGUGACUUUGAAUGGGACGAAGCGUGUAUCGCCGAUCGCAUCAACGGCAUCUUCCUACAAUUGAUCUCAUGUCUACAAUAUCGUCGAUGUCCACACUACUUUCUACCGACACUGGACAUGUUCAAAGGCAAAUCGCCCAGUUCGCUCGAACAGGCCGCGAAGCAGGUUUGGCGUUUGACGCGCGAAAUGUUAACCAAUGCGAAUGCAUUUGAAAAACUCUAAAGCAACUGGGAGUAUUUAUCUUAAAAAAAAUAAAAAAAAUAAAAAAUAUAAAAAAUAAAAAUACCUAUAGAGUAAAAAAUGCAAAGAAAUUCGCAACAACAAACGCCGCACAUUAACAUUAACGAAGGCAUUAAGAGGCGCGCGAAUGUAGCGAAAUGUGCGAACGCCAGAUUUUAAAGGUGCUGAGCGCAACUCGUGCUUAUGUUCGUAUGUAUGUGCAUAACUGUAUGUAAGUAUGAGUGUGUGUGAGUGUUUUUUUUUGUUCUUCUUUUGAUUGGAAUGCAUUGAUAUUCGCCUAAGUAUUGGUACCAAUUGGCUGCUGUGUGUGAUUGCAUUGCGAGUCUGGUGUUCGGCUGGGGCGUGACGGCCAUACCGGCGAACUUACAUUUAUUCUUGCGGUUAUGCAUGCCCACAUACAUACAUAUGUCCAUAUGUGAAUAUGUGCAUAUGUUUUCGUUUGCAUGCUGCAUGCCACAUCUCUAUGAAGUGCUAAAAAAUCGCAUUAGAUAAAAUCUGCAACAGAAAACUACUUCAUUUUCAAAUUGUAUUCGUGGCAGUUUAGCAGACCUUCCGACAUGAAAUCUCCGGCAGCCGGCAAAGAAGCAGAUCUACACUGAUAUAAGCGCGAAUGCUCGUAUUUAUUCAUUUGUGUAUGUGUUUACAUACACAUAUACAUACCUGUGUACGCACACAUGCUUGCCUAGAUUUGCUGUCAUAGAUAAAGUCAUCUACGGGAUUAUCCAUGCGUCCAAUUUCUGUUUUGCUUUCAUAGCACUCGUAAUUUUUUUUUCAUUUUUUUUGUUUUUAUUGUUAAAAGGGUACUAACUCGUACAUGCAUGCAUACGCACAUACAUACGGGCAUGUGUUCGGAUGAAAGGAAAUCCACUUCCUCUGUUAAUGCAUUGGAAUCUCUGCGUAUGCCUCAAAAAUGUUGAACUCAAAUUUUUUGCGUUCACUAACUAGGCAAUAAGGCUUUCACGAAGCCGUUAAGCUUCUAACUGUGUAUACGAAAAUUUUAAAUAAAAAGUGCUACUUCUUUAAUAUACUAGCAGUAAGCUUACAUACACACAUACACACAUAUGGGAGAAAAAACAUUUUGCUUAGUGAAAAAUUACGAUUUUUGAAAUUUGAAAAAAAAAAUUAAUAGAAUAGAACUUUCUUCAAAGAAGUGCUCUAGAAAUAUAGGAUCAUUUACUGGAUGCAUAGAAACGGAACGCAUUAUAUGUACAUUAGGGUGCACCUCUCCACAAAAAAAAAUCUGUACCAUUCUUCCAUAGGAAUUAUAAAAUGUUUGGAAGAAAUUUAAGAUUUUCGUGCGCUGGAAGGAACAAAAUUAUCGCCAAAAAUUGAGUUUAUUUAAUUUUUUUUUUUUUUUGUGAUUUUUUUAAUACUGCAACUAAUUUGUAAAUAAAGAUUUUUUUUUUAAUAUUUUUUCCAAAAUAUUAGAGAGUUUAAAUUUAAAAGGUAUGCUUAAAAAUAGUUCAAAAUUGUAUCGACACAAUCAAAAAAAUUAGUUAAAAAAAAUUAAAUUUGCGAAAGAAACUUGCGAUGUGAAUUAACUAUAUUUUUCCAGAACUGAACAGUGUGAGAAAAUAACAUCUGAAAGAAACCCUUACGACGGCCAUCGUAGCUGAAUCGGGUUGGUGCGUAAAUACCAUUCGGAGUACGUACGAGCGAAUCUCCGUGCAUGAAACAGCAAAUUGAUAGAAAAAGUUUUUUCUAAUAGCAUGCGCCCCUCGGCAGGCAAUGGCAAACUUCCACGUGUAUUUCUGCCAUGAAAAGAAGAAACCAUCUCCCGUUUAGGGUCGGCUUGAAACUGUAAAUCCCUUCAUUUGUGUAACAACUUCAAGACUUCUUCUUCUUAAUUGGAGCGAUUUUGGCCGAAUUUAACAAAGCGCGCUAGUCGUUUCUUUCUUGUGCUAAUCGGCGCCAGUUGGGCACACCAAGUGAAGUCAAGUCCCUUCUUCACCUGAUCUCUCCACAGCAGAUGAGGGCUUCCUCUUCCUCCGCUACCAACAGUUGGUACCGCAUCGAAUACUUUCAGAGAUGAAGCGUUUGUAUCCAUUCGGACGACAUGACCCAACCAACGUAGCCGCUGGAUCUUUAUUCGCUGCGCUAUGUCUAUGUCGUCGUAAAACUCAUACAGCUCAUCGUUCCAUCACCUGCGAUAUUCGCCGCCGUUUCCAACGUGCAAAGGUCCAAAAAUCUUGCGCAGAAUCUUUCUCUCAAACACUCCAAGCGUCGCUUCAUCGGAUGUUGUCAUCGUCUACGCUUCUGCGCCAUACGUUAGGACGCUCAUGAUGAGUCCCUUGUAGAGUUUUAGUUUUAUUCGUCGAGAGAGGACUUUACUACUCAUUUACCUACUUAGUCCAAGGUAGCACUUGUUGGCAAAAGAGAUUCUGCAUAGGAUUUCAAGGCUGACUUUGUUAUAGGUUUUAAUGCUGGUUCCUAAAUAAAUGAGGUUAUUUUACAACCUCGAAAUCAUAACUGUCAACAGUGACGUGGGUGCCGAUACGCGAGUGUGCCGACUGUUUGUUUGAUGUCAGGAGGUACUUCAUCUUGUCUUUGUUCACCACCAGACCCAUUCGCUUUGCCUCUUUAUGCAGUUUGGAAAAGGGAAAACUAACAGCGCGGUUGUUAAGGAAAAUUGUUCUUAUAGAAAAUUGUGCCUGAGCGAUUAAUUUCUGUGGCUCGUACGCUCCUCUCCAACAUCAGGUUAAAGAAGUCACACGGCAGCGAGUAACCCUGUCUGAAACCUCGUUUGGUAUCAAACGGCUUGGAAAGGUCCUUCCCAAUUCUGACGGCACUGCUGGUGUUGAGCAACGUCAUCUUGCAUAGCCGUUUUAGUUUUCCAAUGAUACCAAAUUCAGACAUCGCAGCAUACAGGAAACUCCUUUUCGUACUGUCGAAUGCGGCUUUGAAGUUGACGGAAAGAUGGUGUGUGUCAAUUCUCCUUUCGGGGGUCUUUUCCAAGAUUUGGCGUAUUGUAAAUAUUUGGUCGAUGGUAGACUUUCCAGGUCUAAAGCCACACUGUUAAGGCCCAAUCAGUUGGUUGACGAUGGGCUUCAGCCUUUCACACAAUACGCUCGCUAGAACCUUAUAGGCGAUAUGUAGAAGACUAAUCCCGCGGUAAUUGGCACAAAUUGCAGGAUCGUCCUUCUUAUGGAUUGGGCAGAGCACACUUAAGUUCCAAACGGCAGGCAUGCUUUCAUCCGACCAUAUUUUGUAUAGGAGCUGAUGCAGCCCCUGGCCGCCAUAUUUGACUAGCUCAGCCGGCAGUUCGUCGGCUCCCGCUUCUUUGUUGUUCUUUAGCCGCGUUAUCGCUACUCUCACCUCGUCAUGGUCGGAUAGCGAAACCACAGUUCCGUCGUCUACGAUUGAGAUAUCAGGAUCUUCACAUUCUCUGUGACAUGCGCAGCUGUCACUAUUUAAUAGGUUUGAGAAGUGUUCCCUCCAUAAUUGAAGAAUACUCUGGAUGUCGAUCACUAGAUCUCCGUCUUUGUUUUUACACGAAAAGUGUUCACAUACCUCCACAAAUAGAAGUCCAAAGAUGUGAUAUCACACGAAAAGUCUAAGAGUCUUCUAAGAACUUCAAAGAACCAAGAACUAAGAUCUAGUGAACUUUUUCACAGUUUAUUCGAAGUUAAAGUGAAGGAUUAGGACGUCGCCAUACACCUCUAAUAUCGGCUUCCAUCAUUAUAAAAUAAUUCAAUGUGUUGCUCACUUACCCUUUAAAGAGUUUAACAUUUAUUCGUAUAGCUAUUAGUUAAGCGAUUAUCAUAGCUUCAAACUUCACUUUUAGUUGCUUCAGGGUUCUGCCGCCCCCAUAAAACUGAUAUGGUGAUAAGAUUUAUAUUGCUGUUUAAAUUAAACUAACUAGGAUCUUCGAGGUGAUUUAUCCGAACAUAGACGGCUUUGAGGUUUUUUCCCCACAUACCGACUGCUCUUCCAUUUUUUGGACACAUAGAGAACUGGCUUAACACUAGCAUUUGUAAUGUUUCAUUGCUUAUCUGGCUAGGCGUGUAUGGGAGGUGGUUGAGUGAGUCACUGAAGUUGCACAGCCGCUACUCUCAAUAAUGAGGGGAUUCCUAACGGGGUUUCAUCCUUACAACGGCAGCAGCCCCGACAACGAAAAAAAAGUAAUCGUCUCAGUAUAUUUGGGACAGAUAUCUAAAUUCUUAUCCUAUCCUUUCCUUUUUAUUUGUUUAUACGAAAAUGAUCUGAAGUUUCCAAAACUACGCAUUCUAAGUAAAUAAAAGAUAGAAAAAUAAAACAUAAAAAAAAGAAUUUGCCUCUCUGCAAAAUUUCAACAGCUUGGCCUAGUAACUUUUUACUCUGAGGUGGUAAUUUAUAGAAUAUGUGAAUAAAACUCUUUAAUACACGUUAUUAUAUACACAUAUAUACAUACAUAUAUGCAUAUAUACCUACACACAUACAAACACCUUUAACAUUAAUCUAUUGUAUUUAUUUUUCAGUAAAUUUGUUAUGGAUUACUUAGUGUUAUAACCAAUGUAUACAAUUUUAAUGUUUCAUCAAAUAUAAUAU